UUUACAAAUUAAACAUGAAAUUCGGGUGUAAUUUAAUCGCCGAUUAUAUGGGAGCCAUAAUCGGAAUCAUAUUAGCCCUAUUCAUAUGCAUGGGCUAUGCAUUCCGAUCGCUUCGGUACACAUUCUGGCGCUUGGCUUUAGCGUUAAUCGCGUGUAUUAUAAUCUACUACUUCUACAGAGUAUUUAACGCCUAUUACAAGAAAAUGAACAAAAUUCACAAUCAGUUUGGCAUCUAUUAUAUGAACGCAAACCUAAACAAUAGAUUCGGUGAGCAAUCCAUCAGCGAAUCGAUGGCUCGUAACACAAGUCACGACAGAAGGCAAACACAAUCGCAACCACAGCCACAACAACAACAGGAGAUGCAAUCAUCUGAUUUGUUUCACAUCAUUAAUAACUACGAACUCUUUAACACUAUAUUCAAUCACAAUCCAAACGCCAGUCAUUUUCUGCCCACAAAUGGAUUAAUCAAUUACAGAAACUAUACGACCGACAGACAGAGCACUCACACCACCCGUGGCGGACACAACUACCCGCCGCCCACACCUCCCCCGUCGUACGAACACAUAAUACAAAUGAACGGUUUGCCCAAUUAUCACGAUGCUAUUCAACAACAGCAAAGUCAAUCCAAAGUAAUCAGUUAGUGAC